AUGUCCAACACCGACAUUACCCUGGGGGAUUUGAUCAAUUUCCCUUUUCUGGCUGUCUUUCUCGCCUUUAUACCGCUUUAUUAUGUUCUAAAGACACCGCCGAUCCAUCCGAAAGGAUGUCGUCGCUUGGGACUACCGCCGGGUCAGAGCAAUCUAGACGAUGAAUUUGAUCCGAAGUAUAGUGAGGGGGUCCCGAGUGAUCAAAAGAACCAGGGCCUUCCGUCAUGGCGCGUAAAAGCGCUGUUUAGCUAUCCACUCAAAUCCUGCGGUGCUGUCGAGCUGCAAGUUUCGAAUGUCGUACCUACGGGACUCGAAUUUGACAGGCAGUUUGUCUUUGCGGAGUACAGCAAGGAUGAAUGGAACAUUCGAACUUUACGAAAUGCAGGAUUCAACCGCCUUGCCCUGAUCCAUCCUGAGAUCUGGGUCCCUGACCCGUCCGCCUCGGACUAUGACACAAACCUGUCAGAAGUCAGGUCAGGCGGCGUGAUGCUGAUAUCCUAUCCUCGAUUGGUACCAACUGGAUGGAACGGCCUUCCCAUGAAGAUCGGCAUGACACUCAAGAUCUGUACCAGCCGCCACACAUUCCAAGUGCCAUUGCAUCCACCACCGGACUCCAACUUCCCACUGGUCCCAGUGAGAAUCUGGAAAGACAAGCCCCUGGCCCACGAUCUCGGAUGUCUACUCCCGGACUCAUUACACGCAUAUAUGGGCUUUGAUCCAAAACCCAGUCCAUUAACAUUAUUCCGCGCAAGCGCACCACACACUCGCCAAAUCUUCCGCAACGCACCGCGCAAAGAAGACCUAGGCUUCCAACCCAACACAGCCUUCGCAGACGCCUAUCCAAUUCACCUAUUGAGUCUCUCAAGCCACAAAGACGUAGCGGCACGCUGCGCCUAUGCAAUCCCACGCUUGAGCGUUCGCCGCUUCCGCGCAAACAUCAUCAUCCAAGGACCCGCUGCAUUUGAAGAAGACCACUGGAGGCGACUGUCAAUUGGUGCUACGGAGAUCCAUGCUUCGUGUCGGACUGUAAGGUGUAGGUUGCCGAAUGUUGAUCCCGAAUCUGGGGAUCGACACAAGGCUGAGCCGGAUCGGACGUUAAAGGCGUAUCGGCGGAUUGAUGAUGGGGAUCGGACUAAUGCUUGUCUUGGGAUGCAGCUUGUUCCUGCCAAAGAGGCCUUUGUGUUGAGGGUUGGGGAUGAGGUCCGGGUUCUUGAGAAUGGGGAGCAUCGGUAUAUCAAGAUGUUGGCGCCUGGUGAGAUAGUGGAGGGGGUUUGA